AUGGUUUACUUCUUUUUUUUCCCUUUUUUUUUUUUCCUCCUUUUCUUUUUCAUUAAUUCAACUUAUGUUUUUUUCUUGGUUUUAUUUUAUUUUUACCCUCCAUUUUCUAGCUUUUCUGUUUCACAAAUAAUCCCCUCCCACGUUUCAUGACCUAGAUCCUAUUUAUUGUUAAUGUUGAUCGUUUAGUACGGAGUAUUGUUUAAAAAGAUUUGGGAAGCACGAUCAGCAUAUUACGAAUCCUGGGACCAGACUCCAUAGUGCAUUCUGUCAGCACUCUUGAAAAAUCAAUCACAUGUUUCACGAGAAGAGAAAAAGUUAUAAUCAAGUAAAUCAAUUAUUGGCACACUCACGAUUUAUGACAAAUCGUACAACAUAAUUUAAUGUUGCUUGCUAGUAUAUGAUUUCAUUCUUCCUCUCCACAAAUAUUGGGAUUUGGUGUUAAGGAAGAAGAGGCAAAGUUAAGCUUCUGCUUCCUCAUCCUUUCUAUACUAGUAAGUAGUAAUGGCUCCUUCAUCUUCUUCUUUAACUACUAGUACUAAAUCUAGUGCAAUCCAAAUUAUGGAAGAGUGCCACAUUUCGCCGUCGCCGUCUUCCAACACUACCACUCUACCACCAUCACUUUCUCUCCCUCUUACCUUCCUUGACAUUCCUUGGCUUCAAUUCUCCCCCCUUCAACCUCUCUUCUUCUUUCAACUCGCACCCGCAUUCGCAUCUGCACCCCACAACUUGUGCUUAGAAUUCAGCACCACUAUUCUCCCUAGGCUCAAGCAAUCCCUCUCUUCUGCCUUGCAAUAUUUCUUUCCAUUGGCAGGAAAACUGGUGUCUGCACCACCUGAUAACUUAGUGUUCUUGACAGUGAAUAAGUCUUCGGCAACAUCAGAUUCUGUUGCCUUGACUGUUGCUCAGUGUGAUGCUGAUUUCAAUGCUUUAUGCAGCUAUCUCCCCAUUUCUGCUCAUCUCUUUCACCAACUGGUUCCCUCCUUACCAACUAUUUCACCCUCUACUCUCACUACUACUACUACUACGACUACAACUACAACUACAACUACAACUACGACUGCUAAUGCUUUGUUAGCUAUUCAGAUCACCUUCUUUCCCACUUCCCCUCCUGGUUUUUCUAUUGGCCUUGCUUCUCAUCCUGUGCUUUGUGAUCAAAGGACCCUUAGUAACUUCCUUUACUCUUGGGCUGCUAUCUCUAAGUUUGGUCAUUUAGACCUUUUUCAUGGAAACGGGAAUCUUCCCCACCACCCUGUCACCUUUGACAGGUCUGUGAUUCAUGACUCGGCUCAACUUCAACCCAUUCUGCUAAAGCAAUGGUUGUGCUUGGAGUCCACGAAGACGAUUCCUGGUGCGACUGCUGCUCAUGGCUUACUCCGCUCCACAUUUGUCAUGACCCCAAUUGAUAUUGCUAAUGCUACUAGAUGGAUACGAGCCAAGUGUGACAAGUUCAACAGAUCAUAUCCUGUUGUUUUGUCACCCUAUGCAGUCACUUGCGCCUUUAUAUGGACCUGUUUCCUGAGAGCCAGAGUCCAGAACAGUGCUGUCACUAAAGCCAAAGCCAAGGGUCCCAUGUACUUUGGUUUCAUUGCAGGGGGUAUUACCCGUGUGCCCUUUCAGGUACCGAGUAAGUAUUUUGGUAAUUGCGUCGGGUUUGGCCGGGCAGUGGCGAACAGGGAGGAGCUACUAAAGGAAGAUGAAGGGAUGUUAGCAGCUGCUGAUGCAAUUGCACUAACCAUCAAGACUUUGGACAACGAUAUAUUAGGAGGAGCUAAGAAAUGGAUAUCUGAUUGGCAGAAAUUAAUUGGGUCCGAAGACCAUAUCCAUGUGGUUGGAUCACCAAAGGUGAACCUGUAUGAAACGGAUUUCGGAUGGGGAAAACCCAAGAAGAUACAAGAAAUCUCAAUUGAUCAGAGUAGAGCCAUUUCUCUUACACAGAGCAGAGACAUGAAAGGAGGCAUUGAAAUUGGCCUUAGUUUACCCAACUCCAUUAUGGAUGCUUUCUCUACUCUUUUCACCAAAGGCCUCCAUCAUUUCACCCUAUAAUUGUAAUUGUAAUCCUUUUACUAUCAUCAAGAUAUUUAUGCGCAGGGAUAGCACCGCGUAGUACAGUUACAACUGUAUUGAACCAAUUAAUGUUUUAUAGUUUUCAUUACCAGUGAA